AUGGCCGUGCCAGGCUACUCCAACCCGGUGCCAGAUUACUAUCGGGAGAUCAACCACCCGCCUAUUUUGCAGAAGAUAGCUGAUCUAGACGAUCCUUUGGAUUUCAAGAGACUUAAUCGUACCGUUGGCGAAGUCCGCAGCCGUAACUUCUGUGUAGACUUGGGAGAUGAACAGGCUUGGUGCGCGUUCGAUCUGACCGCUGAUGCCUUCAGCGCUCUCCUCAAGACAGAUAGGCCGCACGAACUUGGGACGAGAUGGAUCAACGUCUGGGCCCCGCACGAGCAGAAAGACAUUAUCCAGACACUGGCGAAGCACUACGACUUCUCUCCACGGCUCUUAGGCAUCAUGUGUUCUACCCCUCUGAAGCCAUAUCCAAGGUCGAGUGAGACCUCGAAGAACAGCUCAUCUAUAUUCCGGUUCUCUCACCACGCCGGACCGCGCAAGACGAUGUCAGGCCUGUUCAGAGAUCCGGAAGAUCAUGUCUUAGAGAAAAGCGAUGUGUCCUCAAUACCGCCUUGGGAUCUCUUGCGCGGAAUCGACCACUACCGUCUUGUAAAUGAAGUUUGGCAUUGGUCCUCCGUUGACUGGGGAAGGAGAUAUAUCUGCCUGGGCUACAACUCUCUACACGGCGUGCGUGCAAAGCUACCACAUGAAGCAAUUGAGCAAGACAGCAGUGAGGAUCUCCCCGAAGGGAAACGCGUCUGGACAUGGCUACUUCUGUGCGAGGACAAGACAGUAAUCUCCAUUCACGAGGACCCGUUCCCUUUCAAGAAUGGAAACCUGGACCGCAGAGACGAAGAGACGCUUGUGGCUGUCCGGCGCAACCUUGCCAAUGUCUUUCGUCAACUAUCGAAGGCUUACGAUGAAUCGCAAGACAAUCCGAUAUCUCUGCUGCCCAUCCGGAAGCGAGUUGGCAACAGUGAUGAGGAGACCGCUCAUCGAUCGACGGAUAUGCCUGGGUUACUAUUUUACUGUCUCUUCGACGACUGGUACACUACAUUCAGCCUCGUCGCUCGGCGGGAGCAUCAAUACUCUGCGGAGCUGAAUAGAGUGAGAACAGAGAUGUUGCAAACAGCCAAGCUCGCCCAUGUCGACCGCCUGCAUCAUAUCGGCCGGCAGCUCGCAGUCCUCAAGCGCGUCUAUCAGAGUUACGAGCUGAUCAUCGACCGCGUACUGGAGCAGCAACAGGCCUCGCUCGCCUCACUGAAAAACUCGCAUAUUCUGCCAGACGACCAGUCGGCAUCCAUAGAAGCGUCGCACCACUCCGCAAAUCAGAUCCGGGAAGGCGAAAGUCUCUUGGGCGUGUCUCUGAGUUCCGCAGCACGUGUACGGUUUGAGCGGUUGAAAGACCGUAUUCACCUGUACGCGUUGAGCGAGAUCCAAGAGUGUCUGGAUCAGAAAGAGUCGCUGGUCAUGAUGAACUUCAACCUCAUCGCGAUCAAGGAAUCCUACUCCGUCGAGCGCCUGACCCGUAUAACCUUACUACUCGCUAAAGUCACUAUCCUGUUCAUGCCUGUCAGCCUGAUGACUGGAUACUUCAGCACCGAGCUGGAGAACGUGACGUUUUCCCUGAAGAGUUACUGGAUUUGGUUUGCGGUCAUUCUUUCAGUGUCUAUCUUCGCGUUGAUCGCCUUUGGCUUCUUUAGCGGUACCAUGGAGGGUAAGAUGCUGUAUCGGCCGAUUGGCCGGCGGAUCGUGGACUCGUGGAGGACUGUGAAAGAACGACGGAGUAGGAAGAUGGUUGCGGAACAGUAG